AUGGAGCCCCUUGCCACCCAGAACACCCUCAUCAAUGGGAACCGCAUCGCCUAUGGCAUAUUCGGAGACGGCGAACCGGUCGUUUUACUUCAUGGAACGCCCUUCUCUUCACUUGUAUGGCACGGAAUUGUCCCCAAUCUCGUGAAAGCCGGCUACAAAGUCCACCUCUUUGAUCUUCUCGGAUACGGACUAUCCGAGCGUCCGUGGGAUCAAUCAAUCGACACGUCUCCAACAGCGCAGGUCCCAAUCUUCGAGGGCCUUCUUUCUUUCUGGAACAUAGACAAGGCUCAUAUUGUAGCGCACGAUUUCGGCGGUGCCAUUGCGCAACGGUUCGGUAUUCGUUCACCUGAGCGUGUUAAGUCUUUGACGCUGCUCGACACGGUCUCUUUUGACAGCUAUCCGUCCCCGAGAACGCGGCAAUUGAUGGAAAAUGGCCUUGAGAACAUGAUAAAUGCUUCGGAUGAGAAUCACCGGGCGCUUUUUAAAGAAUGGAUCUUGUCGGGGGUGUAUGAGAAAAAUAAGUUCGAGCAGGAUGGCGGUUUGGACACUUUCUUGGAAUACAUUUCUGGCCCUGUUGGUCAGGCCAGUUAUUUCCAGCACCAGAUUCGACACUAUGAUCCGAAACAUACGAUGGAGAUUGUUGAGAAACUUCCGACAUUGGGUCAAUUGCCAGUCCACCUUAUCUGGGGUGCAAAUGAUGCUUGGCAGGUCGUGGAUUGGGCAUAUAAGUUGAAUGAGGCGAUUCCUGGAUCGACGCUUGAUAUUGUGGAUGGUGCUGGGCAUUUCUCGCAGCAUGAUAAGCCGGAAAAGAUUUCGGCACUUAUUAUUAGUUUUCUGAGGGAGGAUUGA